AUGCUUAUCAGUGUGGCCAACAUCUCUACUUGCAUCAAUACACCAGGGUCCUUUAGAUGCGAGUGUGCCGUCGGGUUUAAGUACCAACAACUCCCCAUCUACAACUACCUUUACCUGUGUCUGGAUAUAGAUGAAUGUGCACUUGGCAUCCAUAACUGCAGUGAUGCUGUCAAGGGUAAAUCGAGUGGGUGCAACAAUACCCUGGGCAGUUACCGAUGUAACUGCUCCACGGGAUAUGCUGUAUCAGUUUCUUCACAUGACGGCAGUCAGGCUUGCUCCGACAUUGACGAAUGCACGGCGGGAACGCACGAUUGCGCGGUAGGCUCGACGUUCUGUCACAACACUACCGGUGGCUUCGCCUGUCCCUGCUCACCAGGAUACGUAGCCUCCCAGAGUGGCAAUGGCAGUGCUUGCUUGCCAGCGGACUGCCGGGCAGUGUCCGUGCCGUGCGCGCCACUGGGCGAGUGCGUUUUACGCUCGCCUAACGACAACAAUAACAACACUGGCUCGUACGAGUGCGAGUGUCAAGCCGGUGCGGAGCUGAUUGACCAGCGGUGUGUGGAUGUAGAUGAGUGUAGCCGCAGCAGUAGCAGCAGCAAUGGUGAGUCUCCGCCUUGCCAGGCAAACGCAAGCUGUCGGAACACACGGCCGGGCUUUGAAUGCCUGUGCAGUGUUGGCUUCCAAGCUAGCACCGGCACCGCCCAGUUCAACGAGGGGCGUCUCGAGUGCAUCGUCGCGGACGAAUGCGCCAAGCGCGGCACCAACAACUGCGACGCGCUCGAGAGAGCUACCUGCGCAAAUCACAUCGAAAGGUACAGCUGCUCUUGCCGAGUGGGUUUCCUUGGAAACGGCCUACAAGGAUCCUGCCAAGAUGCUGACGAAUGCAGCAGUGAAACGCAUGACUGUGACUUAAGACGUUCGUACUGUCAGAACUCACCGGGCAGCUACACGUGUCCGUGUCGCGACGGCUUUACGCAGAACCUGGCCACCGGUGUUUGCACAGACCUGGACGAAUGUGCCGGGGACUCGAACAGCUGUGGUCGCAACACGCGCUGUGCCAACACCCUCGGCAGCUACGACUGCCCGUGCCUGACCGGCUUCAACGCCACGCUCGCGCUUGCCGCGUCCGAGCCGCCGCAAGCCGCGUCUCCGUCGCCGCGGUUACGUCAAUGCUCGGACGUUGACGAGUGUUAUCUAGGCGUUCACGGCUGCGGCGUCAACACGCAGUGUGCUAACACGGAUGGCAGCUAUGCAUGCGCAUGUACGGCAGGAUUUACCGGCAAUGCGGCACGGGCGUCAGGCCGAGAUUGCUAUGAUAUUGACGAUUGUGAGCUGGACGUGUGCGAUGCCGUUUCGACGAUGUGCCGUAACUCCGACGGCGCCUUUAGCUGCAGGUGUCGCCGUGGAUUUGUGCCGUAUGCAGCGAACACGACACACUGCAGUGAUGUUGACGAAUGUCAACUGAUGAUACGGAACUGCUCAGGUGACAGCGUGGAAUGCUCCAACACCCCAGGCAGUUCACGCUGCGAUUGCUUGCCAGGCUUUUAUCGUGAUGACGGAGCACAGUGUGCGGAUGUUCAAGCACUGGUAAACACGUCGGCAUUCUCUGCGCCGGCUUAG